AUGGCAUCAAUUCUCAAUAAAAUCUUCCGUCGCAAGAAGAACGUCCCCCUUGCCUGCGCCAUGUCCCUCGAAAAUGAACCCGAACACGUCCACACCGGAGCAUGUUUCCUCGAUAUCCAGCCUCUUUCCAUUGUUGAGCUCUUCCAGUCUCAAGGUUGCGCGUCCUGCCCCCCAACUACACCCAAAAUUCUCGAGGCAACCAUGAAUCACAAUCUUCUCCUACUCAGCUACGAUGUCACUUAUUUCAAUAACACGGGCUGGGUUGAUACAUUCGCCAAUGUCAAGUGGGAUAAUCGCCAGCGAGCAUACUUGAAGAAGUGGGAACGCAGCACUGUAUAUACGCCAAAUGUCAUCGCGGACGGUGUCGCUGAUGGCAUUGGAGCGGGAGAUAACGAAGUUCAAAAUAUCGUUGACAAGGCUAGAGCAAUGAGAAACCAGAUGCCGUGGCAUAUCAUCGUUGACACCAAUGAGACGGAACUCAGAAUCGAUUCAGAUGGCACGGAUGUUGGGAUGUUUGAUAUUUGUCUUGUGACUUAUGAUCCAAAAAUUGAGGUGGUCAAGGUCAAGAAGGGCGCGAACAAGGGGAAGAAGAUUACGAACCGAAAUUUGGUGAAGGAUAUCGUCAAGAUUGGGGAGUGGAAAGGAGGGAACGUGACAAUUGGCUUGCCCGAUAUGUCCCACACGGAAGGUACGGGGUUACAAACAGUUGCGAUUGUGCAAGGAGCGAUGGGUGGUCCUAUUGUUGCGGCACAGAAGGUCUGA